AUGGACAGAUCAACAAAUCAACUAAUCACAUUAAAAACUCACGAGGAUGAGGAUGAUCCAUGCUUUGAUUGUAUGAAUCCAUGUUCAACGCAUCCUUCAUAUCCUUCAUAUCUUAGAAUUAAUUAUGAAUUGCCUCUGGAAGGCACGGUAAAGCCUCAUUCCAAACAUGUUUUAAUUUCAACGGGUAAAACAGAUUGGAUGGCUAGAAUAGAAGAUGAUUCCACAAGUUUAGCAGGUCAAUUACAUAAAAUUAUUAAAUCCGGUGAUAGUAAGAAUAAAAAAGAAAAAAAAGCAAAGAAAAAGGAAGAUAAAAGAAAAAAUUUUGAUUCAGAUAAUAAUGAAACACAACAAAUUUUUAAUGCUAAUAAUAAUGUUGAAAAAUCACCUCGUAUGCUUAUUACAAAUAGUAGCCGAGAAAAUACUGAUAAAGAUUCAAAAGGAAAUGAUGUUCUAUUAUUUCCUGAUAAUAUUUUAAUUCGUAAUGUAGACCCAAUGAAUGCACUGGAAUUUUCUAAAAGGUUUUUGUUACCAUCAUUAUCAUCGAAUCAAGAUCAAAAUACCUCUUCAAUCACUUUUCAAGUAGAUCCAAACCCAUACAAAGCUGUAAUAGUAAUAUGUUCACAUAGACGUCGUGAUAAAAGGUGUGGCGUAGUUGCUCCAAUAUUAAAAGAUGAAUUUGAUAAAAUAUUAAAAGAUAAAAAGUUGGAUGUAGAAAACAAGAAAGCCGAAGGCGUGGCUGUGUUUUUAAGUAGUCAUAUAGGAGGACACAAAUUUGCUGGCAAUGUUAUAGUUUUUCGAGAUGGUCAAGGUAUAUGGUACGGACGUGUGAUUCCAUGCCAUGCCAAAAGUAUUAUAGAAUAUACUGUUAUUGAAGGAAAAGUGAUAAAAGAUUUGUACCGUGGAUCAAUAAAUGGAAGUUUUGCGCCAGGAAAAGGUGGAAGAUUGGAUUGGUAA